GGUACCUCAAGUCGCGGCUGCACUUCUGGAAGACACAAAAAAAGGCAUUCUUUUGCUCACCUCCCUCAGCCCCAUGGCCGCCAUGCAGAUGGAUCCUGAGUUAGCCAAGAGCCUCUUCUUUGAAGGGGCCACAGUGGUUAUCCUGAAUAUGCCCAAGGGGACAGAGUUUGGCAUCGAUUACAACUCCUGGGAAGUGGGGCCCAAGUUCCGGGGCGUGAAGAUGAUCCCGCCAGGCGUCCACUUCCUGCACUACAGCUCUGUGGACAAGGCCAAUCCACGGGAGGCGGGCCCCCGGAUGGGCUUCUUCCUCAGCCUGCAGCCACGGGAGCUUACUGUGCUGCGCUGGAAUACCCUCCGGGAAGAGGUGGACCUGUCCCCAGCCCCAGAGGCCGAGGUGGAGGCCAUGAGGGCCAGUCUGCAGGAGCUAGACCCGUUCCUGGGCCCUUACCCCUAUGCCACUCUGAAGAAGUGGAUCUCCCUCACCAACUUCAUCAGUGAGGCCACUGUGGAGAAGCUGCAGCCUGAGAGCAGGCAGAUCUGCGCCUUCUCAGAUGUGCUGCCGGUGCUCGCCAUGAAGCACACCGAGGACCGGGCCCGGCAGAACCUGCCCCGUUGUGGCACAGAGUGCAGAAGCUACCAGGAGGGCCUGGCCCGGCUGCCCGAAAUGAAGCCCAGAGCUGGCACGGAGAUCCGCUUCUCUGAGCUACCCACGCAGAUGUUCCCAAAGGGCGCCACACCAGCAGAAAUCACCAGGCAUAGCAUGGAUCUGAGCUACGCCCUGGAGACUGUGCUCAGCCGGCACUUCCCCAGCAGCCCCCAGGACGUGCUCGGUGAACUGCAAUUUGCCUUUGUGUGCUUCCUGCUGGGGAGUGUGUACGAGGCCUUCGAGCACUGGAAGCGGCUGCUGAACCUGCUGUGCCGGUCUGAGGCCGCCAUGCUGAAGCACCACACCCUGUACACCAGCCUCAUCUCUAUCCUGUACCACCAGCUUGGCGAGAUCCCUGCCGACUUCUUCGUGGACAUUGUCUCCCAGGACAACUUCCUCACCAGCACUUUACAGGUUUUCUUUUCCUCGGCCUGCAGCACUGCCGUGGAUGCCAUCCUGAGAAAGAAGGCGGAGAAGUUCCAGGCCCACCUGACCAAGAAGUUCCGAUGGGACUUCACAGCAGAGCCCGAGGACUGCGCCCCGGUGGUAGUGGAGCUCCCAGAGGGCGCCUACAUUGGCUAAUCCUGGGGUGCUUGCUCCUAGGCAUGCCCUGCACCCAGGAACCUCUGUUCGGUGCUCCUGCUGGGCCCUGCAGAUGGGCUGGAAUUCCCUCCGGCACAAUAAAUAAGUUCCUUCCUUGCCAAGGCAUCUGUCCCCAGACCCAGGGAGCAUUUGUGGGCUCCCUGGUGACUUGGCUGUGGUGCUAACCUGGGUGACCUUCCGACGGACUCUUAUGCGGGUUGCUGAGAGAGACCUGCCUGGCCACAGCCUUGCUCCUGAGACGGCUGAGAACCAGCCACCUGUUCCAGAGCGAACUUCAGGCUGCCUGGGGCUCCAAGAUGUCACCUGGUGGAUUUUUUUGACAUCACAUGAGGAGAUGAGCUGGAGUCCACCUGCUCCCUGUUGAGGGGAGCACAUGAUAGAAAAUGUGGCUCGGGACUCUGGAGUCCUCGAUAGGGACGGGUAGAUGGGGAAGGUCAGGUAGACGGGU